AUGGGCGGAGAUUUGAGUUGGGAUAGGAUUCAGGAGCUGGCAGUUAAGGAGUUGAACGAGGAAGAAGUAGACUCUGUCUGUCCACUUCUAGCUGAUUUCGAUCCAGGGGAGGAAAGAGAUCAUAACAAACUCAUCUACCUCUUCAACCUCACCAGAUACGUCAUGAUGACCAAGGCUUCCCAGGCUGAUGUAGCAAUGGAAGAACUGGAGAAGCUGACUGAAGGAAAUGAAGGGAAUGGGAAUCAACUAUUGCAACAGGUGAAACAACUGCAUCGUCAAAUAAGCAUCACUUCUCCUGUGGAAGGAGGAAGUGGGCGUGAGCAGUUCCUGAGGCAGGAGCUGUUGUCCACAGAAAGACAACUGGAAGCAACAGAAGAGAAGCUGAGGAAUGCACAGAGGCAACUUGCUGAGGAGCAGCGCAGAGCUGAGAAUAAUCUGCAUAGAGCUGAUGAAGCUGAGGGUGAGUUGCUGGAUCUGAAGCGGGAUCUGGGGUUGCUUAAGGAAGAACUAGAAGAAUAUCAGCGAGCUUUGGGAGAAAAUGAGCCGGAGGAUAUUGCAGCAAGAGAUUAUCAAGUAACCUCUGCUAUCCAGGAAAAGAAUGAACAGAUUUCACAACUGCUUAAGGAAUUGGAGGCAAAGGAAGCAGCAGCUACAGAGUCCCAAGCUCAGGUUCAGGACCUUCGUGGGAAACUUAUUGAAGCCACACAGCAGAUGGAAGAAACCAGUUCUGAAUUCACUCAUCUCAAGGAUGCUCUCACUGAAAGCCAAGGGUUGAUUGCAUCUCUGGAACAAGAGAAGAGUGGGCUGGAGACUAGACUGCAAGAUGUGGUGGAGCAGAAGAAGAGAAAAGAUGCACAGCUGAAUGAACUUGCAGAUCUCAUGGAUGCACGAAUUGAUGAAUGGAAGUUCUCUUCCACAUACUGCCAUUUUUCCUAUAACUACCAGGCAAUAUUGCUGGAGAGAGAUCAGGAGAUUUUGAGGCUGCAGGAGGAGCUCCAGAAGUCUGGAAACAGAAUGACAUCAAUAUCUCUUCAUUCCCUGGGUUUUACAUCAUGGGAUGCAUUAGCAAGUACACUUGCUGAGAAGGACGAGCAGCUGGAGGAACUUCGAAGGCGGCUGGUAACAGCCACACAAGAGAUGGAAUCCCUGGGGCGAUUGAUACAGCAGCUCUCCAAGACUAAAGGAGGACAAGAGGUUGAGAUGAUAGAGGAGCUCCAUGCCCAAAUAGCAGCUUUGGGAAAGAGGAAUCAAGCAUUAAAGAUAAGUGUGCAGGAAGCUGAGGAGCAAGCUCAUGCAAAGGAUCAACAGUUGUCGGUGGUGGUGUCUCGGCUGCGGGAGUAUGAGGCUGGUGAAUAUGGUUUGGCUGAGGCUGUUCGGGACCUGAGAGAGUGUGAGAAGAAGGUCAGGGUGCGGGAUCAGCAGAUUGAGGAAUUCACAUCUCAACUGAAUUCCCUUGAUGCUACUAUUCUAGAGGCUGUCGAGGAGAAUGAGCUUCUUAGGCAGCGGUUGGGCUUGGAGCCAUCAGAGAGUCUCUCAGCGUACAAGACUGACCGGAGUCUACUACGCUCCCUUCAUCGAAAACUGGAUCUCCUUCAAGAUGAGAAUCUCCGUCUGAAACUGCAGGUUCAUCUGAUACGAAAGGAGAAGGAUCAGGAACAGGUUCAUGUGCGAGGUGUAGACAGUGGAGGGACUGCCACACAGAAAAUAGAUGACUCUCCAUCAAUUGAGGAAUUCAGGAAGGCAUGGGAAGACCUUAAGACUGAAAACCACUUUCUUCGACAAGGGCUCAAGGAGAUCUUGCAUUCCAUUCGACAGCAAGAUGGUGUGAGUGAAGUGCAUCUGGAGUGUCCAAGCUUGGAGAAGGUGGUGCGAGCUCUAGACAACAGGGCAUUGCUCAAUGGAUUCCACCAACCUGAUCUGGUUUUGAAGGAUGAGCUUGUAGCAGCUGAAGCACGCAGUGCACAACUGAGGGAAGAGUUGCGCCUUGCACGCAAGGAAAUCAAAGCCUUCAGUACAGGUGGGAUUAAAUCCAAGCCCUCUGUGAACAAUGAAGAUCAGGACAUCAUGGCAAAAAAUCUUGUCAUGCUCCUCAAGGAUGCCAGGGUGAAAGAACAAACUGUGAGGAAGUCAUGUGAAGAGUUGGAGCGAUGGGGAGAGCAAGUGAAGGGACUUGAGAGGCAGCUUGCCCAGCUGUACAAGGAAUAUGCUCAGGGGAAAAGAGAAUGGAAGGCAGAACAAUCUCAGCUUCAACAAUUGCUCUCACAGUCCCAGGGGAGAUGUGAAGAGCUGGGGAUGAGAGUGGAGGAGUAUGAGCAGCAUCUCUCAGUUAUAAAUAAUGGGAAUGAGGAAGAAUGGAAGCGAUUAGGGUGUGAGACUGCCCGUAAGGUAGCAGUUGUACGGUGCGAGGAGGCCGCACUUCGUCGAUGUCUUGUACAUCUCGAAUCAUCAGUCAAAACCCUGAACCAAGAGAGAGAUCAGCUCCUCUCAAUGGCUGCAGACAUGGAAGCUCUCACCAUCCAGAAGAUGACCACAUUGCAAAAGAACAAUGAGGUGAUGUGGUACAAAGUCCAGUGCUUGGAGAGAGUGCUCGAGUCUAGUGUCUCCCAAUCAGAGGUUGAAAAGCUUCUCCAGAAGCAGGAUGAACUGGGGCAAAAGCUUCGUCUGGCUCUCCAUAAGAUUACUCCUGAGAUGAAUCAACUGGAUCAGCUUCAAUAUGCAGUGAGGACCCUGCAGAGCCAGAAAGCAGAACUGGAAGCUGAAUUGGAAAUGAAGAAGCAGGCUGAAUUAUCUAUGCUUCAGGCCAAUUGUUCAUUGGAGAGUGAUACGAUGACGCAAAGGUUGGCAGAAUGUGAGGUGCGUGAAGUACGGGAGCGACACCGGGCUGACCACUUCCAGGGACUCUGUGAUACCAUCAAGCAGCAAUUGGUUCAUCUGGAGGCACGUAAUGCUCAGCUGGAGAAGAGUCUUGAGGAGCUGACCUUUGAGGAGAAAGGAGGAAAGAUGAACAAUUUCCUUAGCAUCCUCUCCACUCUUGAGAAUUUAGAGGCAUCUCAAGCUCGUGCUGCUCAACUUGAAAAAGAUCUGGUGGAAUCAAUACAAUCCAAGCAAGAACUGGAGAUAACAAUGGAAAUCCUCCAGCACCAAGUAAGUGCUUUGCAGUCCAAGAGAGAUCGUCAGGAUGUUGAAAUUAGUGCCUUAAGAAAACAAGUGACUGACUAUCAACAAGACCACGCUGACAAGACUCUUCUUGGAUGCUUGCACGAGGAGCUGAAGGUCUUACAGCACUGGAAGAAGGACAGGGAGGAAGACCUGGUCAAAUAUAAGAGGCUAUUGAAGGAGAAGGAAGCGCAAAUCAUUCGACUAGAAGAUGGAAGUGCCUCAGCUCGGCACAUUGCCCUUGGUGCCAUUGAGAAGAGGAAUAAAGAUAUCCGAGCACUGUAUGGGAGCUACGUGGAGCUGCGGGCUGAGUAUGGAGGAUACAUGGGCCUCUCCCAGGUGGAAGGGAUUUUAGAGAUCUUUGAAGAUCUUCGGCAAGGAAGAAUGGAUGCUUGGAGGGAUGUUGAAUUCCUACAAACACAGGUCAAUGCUGUUUCUCAGGAAAAAGCUGCUUUGGUUGCUGAGAAGCAGGUCAUUGAUGAUGCCCUCAAAGCUUUACAAGGCACUCAGAAUGAGACAGAUUCCAUCCUUGAUGAAUGGAAAAGUAAAGUCACUCAGCUUUCUGUUAAGGAAGUCAAAGGGGAGAGUACGGGAACCAGGUUUGAAAGUCCUACACUGCAGAGACUCUGGACUGAGAAAGAAAGGGAAAGACGGGAAUAUGGCAUCCAGAACAUUCCUGAGAGACUUCAACAGGAGAGUAAAGGUUUGUGUGGAGUCACUCAACAUCAGAACCUGAAAGAUGAGAUUAAAGUUCUUGAGACAGAGGGGAGGUCCCUGAGGCGUCUUCAGGCAGCACUUCAAGACACCUUGUUACAACGUGAGAAGGUCAUCUCGGACCUUCGACUUCAACUCACUCAAGGGUCCAGGGGUGAACCAGCCUCACAUCCCUCACUUACCAGUUUAAGUUCCAGUCCUGAUUUGAGGGAAAUGAUUCAAAUGUCUCAGAGAACAAUAUGGAACUUAGAGGCACGGCUGAGGCAGAAGGAGGAGAGUGUUGAGACCCUCAGUCGCCUGCUUCAUCAGAGUCGGGAAGAAGCAACUGAACUCCAGCGGUCUCAUGCUCAGGACCUCCAGCGUGCACAGCAGGCAUUGCAUGCCAUCCAAGAACGUUCUGUUCAACGAUUAAAGAUGGCUGUGAUGGAUCAAGCACAGUUGCCACUUGUAAGAGAGGACUCUGAGAAGCCCCUGGAAUUGGCAAUGGAGGAGCAGCGGCUAAGAGAUAUGGAAACUGCUCUUCGGGAGAAGGAUGCUGCACUUGGGACCCUAGCAGAGCAGAUGAAUUCUUUACAAGGAGAAGCAAGCCGGUGGCGCCAGGUGGCCGAGACUCGACUCAAGGAUAUCAACAUUCUUGAGAAAAGAUUGUCACACAUGCACGAGAGUGAGACACGAAGCCUGAAGCGAGAGAUCUCCAGACUUCAAUCUGCCUUGAAGGAAUCAGCCAAUGAGAGAUCAGAGCUUCAUACAGAGCUGGCCAUCCAUAGAGAGGCAUUGAAGAAGUCUCCAUCCAAGGCACUCAGGGAUCUGGUCCAGCGGUUGAGGCUCCAGCUGACUGAGAAAGAAAGGCAGCAGGAUGCUCUUGGCAAGGCCCUUGGACUCCUCAAGGAAGAGGUAUUGCGAGCGGGUGAGACAGCCAGGCAGGCCCUGCCCAGAGAACUCUCUUCAGGUCCUGAUGAGUACACUCAAUCGCUUGAAGAAGAGACCCGACACCUGCGUGAGAAAUUGAGUGCUGCAAAAACAGAGCUGAAACAGGCUAGAGAGAAGGAAGAUCAAGCUCUUCAAGAAGCCAAAACCCUUAGAGAAUCCCUUGAAUCCAGGAACAGUCAACUCAUUCAAAUUUCAUCUCAAAAGUCCUCCCUCCAUAAGAAGGUGAUUGCCCUUCGUUCUAGACUGGGAGACAAAUCAGGUGAGGAAGCCCAAGAGAGCGAGAGAAUCACUGAGGAAUUGAAUCGAGUCAAGGCUGAAGUUGAGAGAUUCCAUACUACCCUGAAGGAUCAAGAGAAGGAACUGGAAGAACUGAAAAAGAAACACAUUGAAGAUAUGGAUAAGGCCUUAAAGAAUGGAAGAGAAGUAGCUCGUUGGGAAGAGAGCAAGCGUUGGGAAGGAAAAGUAAAUUCCCUUCGUGAGAAGUUGCAUGAGGAGAAGAGGAAAGUGCAAAGCAUGGAAUCAACCAAUGCCACUCUACGGAGUUUGGUCAAGAAGUUUGAAGCCCAGCGGCAGAGGCAGACCAUCUCAAAGGCGUCUUUAUUCCCAGCUAAGGAGCAGCAAGAUCAGCUUUCAAGUCAAAGACCAUCAAAGGGGGAAACCAAAUUUCCACUAGUUACAGAAUUCAAAGCCAGAGAAUCUGAACUUCUCCAUGAACUCCAGUCUAAAUGCUCUGAACUGGAGGAACUCAAAGAGAAAUUGCAGUUCCUUGACAACAUGCUCCAAAAACUCAAGGAAGAGCAAAAUAAGAGGCAAGAAGAGUGUGGAGAAAUUGUUCGACUUCGAGAAGAAAACCUAGAGCUUCAACUGGAGUUGAAGCAAAAGGAGAUUCAGCUGCAAAGAUCAUUGAAUCAUGAGGGGCCUCAGAGGUCAACCCCAUCUCCAUUGAGGAGUAGAAGAGGAAGCAUGCCAAAUGGGGUCGUCAAGGAAGAUCGGAAGAAGGUGGUUGAGCUGGAGCGACAGGUGGCUGCAUUAAAGCGUAUCAAUGAAUGCCUGCAGAGGGACAGGGAUUCCCUGGAGCAUAGAGUCCACCUAAAAUCUGCCUCUUCUUCCUCCACCUCAGAUGUCAUGUCUACAUCUCAAGAACAACUUAAAAGACUUGUUCAAAAAUUAGAGGAGGACCUGUCAAAAUGCGAGUCAGAGAAGAGGGACCUCCUGGUGGAGGUAAGGGUGACAAGAGAGGAGAUGAAGACCCUCAUGGCACAGCUCAAGGCCACCCAAGCAGAGAGAGAGAGAGAGAGAGUAUGGGAAGCAGACUGGAGGACCAAGAUGAAGAACAUCCUGGAAUCAGCUGCUGCAGAAAAUAAAGAACUCCAUGAAAAGGUGAGAGGGUUGAAGAAGAAGUUGAGAGAAAUGAAGAGAGGAGAAUCCCAGGAUUCCAGCAGUCAAUCAGAAGCAGACACUCCCUCCAUGGAAACUGCCUUUGACAAGAAUCUCAAAACUGGUGUCUAAAGCACCCGUAUUAAUAAAGAAAAUGUAUCAUUAUUUUAUUCCAAGCACUUUCAGGCUUUGGCAUACCUUGGGG